AUGACUACUCCAAAUGAUAACAUUAUACUACAAGACGAAUAUGAUUAUCUUUGGCAAGCUUUACGCGAUAAACCAGACGAUUUUGACCCUUGGGAACAACUUAUUCGAGUAGCAGAAACACCACCACAAGGUCUGACAAAGACCUCACCUCCCGAACAUAUGGUUCGUUUAGAAAAUGUCUAUGACAGUUUCUUGACCCGAUAUCCUUUAUUCUAUGUCUAUUGGAAGAAAUAUGCGGAUUGGCAGUUGGCUGUCUUUGAAAGAGCUUCAUGUAUUGGAUUCGAUUUCCUUGCUCAUCCAUUUUGGGACAAGUACACCGAGUUCACGAAAACGCAGUUGGCUGAUCCUAAGCGUUUAUUGGCAUUAUUGGACCGUAUUGCCGUCAUUCCAAUGCAUCAGUACGCUCAGUAUUAUGAACAUUGGUACGCCCUACGCACUCAAAUGACACCAGCAGAGACCUUGGAUCCAGAUACACUUACCCAAUGGACUCAAGACACGAAAACGAUCUACAAAAAGACACAAGGAGGCACUCAUCAACGGUGGAUAUACGAGGCUGAAAUCAAACGACCUUAUCUCCAUUUCAAACCAUUAGACAGACCUCAACUUCAGAACUGGAGAGACCAACAACGUAUUCGUGUUCUUUAUGAACGAUGUUUUUUUGCUUAUGCUCAUUAUGAAGAAUUCUGGAUGCGUUAUGGACAAUGGUUGGCUGAAAGAGCGGCCUAUACAUUUCUUUCUUGUGAGCAUACAAUUGUUAAAAUAGCACUUGCUUUGGUUUUAGAAAAACAAGGGAAAGCAGAUGAUGCCAGACAAAUUUACUCUACCUUAUUAGAAUCAAUGCCCACACAUAUUGAAGUCAUUUUGAACUACCUUCACUUUGAGUGUAGACAAAACCCCAAUUCCUUCCAUAGCCUAGUCAACAAUUAA